AUGGAAAAUGAAUUAAAUGUGCUGCAUAUCCUGAUUUUCAUCUGCAUUGCAUUUGGUCCUCUAUGGAUUACUUCAUCAAAAUUCAGGUAUUACUUCAAAGUAGUCCUUUAUACGGUUUGUCUGAUAAUCGCUGGAACAAUUGGUACAUGUCUAUCACUGCCAAAUGGAAGGACACCGAAAAAUCAUUGGCAUACGUUUCGCGCUUUUCAAUUAUUAACAUUUUGGUGUGGCAUAUCUUACGAAAUACGCAAUCGGAAUUUUAUCGAAGUCGAUAAUUCGUUUAUUAUUAUUGCAAAUCAUCAAACUUUACUAGAUGUUUUAACUUUAACUCAUGUUUGGCCCGAAAACUGCGUUGUUUUGUUGAAGAGCAGUUUGAAAUUUGUGCCCGGCUUCAAUGUUUGUGCUUAUCUUUGUGAAGCUAUUUUUAUAAACAGAUUCAGCAAAGUCGCUGCGCAUAAAUCAGUUGAGCAAGCAAUCAAUGCAAUACGGAAUUAUAGAAAGAUAUGGAUAUUCCCGGAAGGAACGAGAAACUCCAGUGGUACAAUGCUGCCAUUUAAAAAAGGCGCUUUCAUUAUAGCGCGUGAAGCAAAUGUUCCAAUCCUCCCAGUAGUAAUUUCAUCGUAUCAAUCAUUUUAUCGAAAAGCUGAUUAUAAGUUUGACUACGGCGGUCGGGUAAUAAUCGAAAUUCUUCCUGCAAUCGACCCAUCAAGAUUUUCCGAUAUUGAAAGUAUAAGUGAAGAAUGUCAUAAACAGAUGGAAAAUGUUUAUCGAAAAAUAAGCGACGAAUUAUGUCCAAUAACAUAA